AUGUGGUAUUACUUUGUUGCUCACUGCGCUUAUCAUUUUACCAGAUGGUUUCCAAAAGAUUCCCGAGGAGCAGCGUAAGUUAACUUGAAUUUUGUUAGUUUGUGGUGAAAUCGAAAGCUUAUGCGGACAAAAAUGCAUGGUCAUCUUGGCAAGACACUGUCCAUUGAACGCCUGUUGAGCCCUGAUCCAAUAACAGAUUGCUUCCUUUUUGAUUUGAGUCAGGGCUGACACCUAUUGAAUUUGUUGGGUAUAUGCAGUAACUAUUAGGCGGGGAUCAAACAGUUAGGGAGGUACUUUUCGCUGUGCUUUUUUUUGUUUUGCAUGAAAGUACAUGUAGCUGGGCAGGAGAGUCAUGCUUAUAAUAGCUGAAAGAAAUCCCUGCCCCCCAUCCCCCAAUCCCUCAACAACUUCAGAAAGUAUGGUAUGCUUAUGUCGUAGGAGGUACAGAUGGAUAAGCAAGCUAUAGUUGUAUUCAGCAGCUUUUAUAGAUCUCAAACCGCAGCAGGAUAAUAGCUCAGUUGGUAGCUUGCUUGACUGCAGAGCGAGAGGUUGUGGGUUCAAUUCCCAGGGCCACACUAACAGUCAGGGUCUUAAAGUGACUUAGAAAUGAAAGUAAUUCCAUUGCCUUACAAAUGGCCAAACCUUCACGUGGCUCGGAUGACUACAUUGUGUGAUUCCAGAAAAUAUCCACACCCCUCUUACUGAUGGUUCUUCCGAUUAGACCCCCCCAACCCGUCGGAAUUUUCGUUCCAGAGGGGUCAUGUAUAACCCCCCACCCUCCAGGAAUUUCCUAUUUUCCUUUUCAUGGCCUUUAUUUGCCACAUUUAGAGAUUAUCGACCGUGUACCGCUUAAAAUUAGCUGUUCUCAUCUUAAGGCAGUUUUUUAUAAUCUUUGACCUAUUUGUAAUCUUUUACAAGGCAAUUUGUAUUUCUUACGCUGGUAGAGCAUGCUUGAUAAUGAGCAGUCUCUCUUUUUUAAUAGUCCAUCCAGCGAAACGCGCGAGGCACGAAAACAGAGAUUAAUAUGUUUAUGUCAUCUCAAGAAAACAUUUACAGUAAAACUUCAGAUUUGAACUAUUCAUUGAAACAAAACUAUGUGAACAUUUUCGAAUUUCAAAACGAAUCUUCUUACAGGCAAAGUUUAUCGAUAAAUCUUCUGCUUCGGGUCCUAAAGUUGAAUUUCUGAUACCGUAAUUAAGUUUCAAUUAUGAUGUACCCGUCUAGUCUACAUCAGUUUCAUCUUAAAAGCAACAUUUAGUACAGCAUAACUUCAAAGUUAACUAUUGAUUUAACAUUAAACUAGGUGAAGAUAUUCGAAUUUCAAAAUGAUCUACUAAAAACUAACUUUCAAACAAAGUUUAGUGUUAAAUGUUUGGCCUCGGGUCCUAAAGUCACCACAAAGUCAAUGUUUGUAAUUAAUUUUAACUUUGAAUGAAUUACGCUUGCAGUUAAACAAAUUUCAGAAAUUCCCAAAAAACUUAUUUGGGUUAUAAAAGAACAAAGUAUCCAAACAUUCAUUUUGCAUCCCAUAUUUGCAUCCAUUCGUGUUCAGAAAUGAACAUCAGUGAAACAUGAUCUACUUCAUCGCCUAGCAUGUGAUCGAAAGUCUCCUCGACGAAGAAGAAACAGAUCUUUCAUAUUUUCGGGCAAAAGUUGAUUUGGCGAGAAGUCUGUUCGACAAACAGCUUGCCUUCAACGGUAUUUUAUUUGAAGUCAGCUCUCAUUUGGGUUGUCACGCAACGCUUUGUCACGAUGAGCUCCCGCUGAAUGUCAACAGAAAUUUGCGUAAAGUUGUUUACACAAAGCUCUAUAAAUAUAGCGCCGAGAUAGACGAUGUUUGUUCUCGAUUGACCUAAGUUUUUAUCAGACUAAUCUGUAAUCGAGUCUGCACUCUAGAUACAUAAUCGACAUUACUAACCGAUGCGCUAAAAUUUAUUCCCGGCGAAGCAAAGGACCUGUUGAGAAUUGCGAUUGAUUUGCCUGAAGGACAAUAUUAUUUUAUUUAAAGACUUCAUCAAAGUGAAACGUUGGACAGACUGACCAUUACAUCUUUAAGUUUUUUCUCAAAAAGGCAUCCAUUUCUGAUUUUUGUUGUGAUACAAAUCAAAAUAAUCCACAUAUACUUGAGUAUGACUCGUACGAUCGUUCGCGUCUUUUACAACCCUGUGGAAAAUUCUUCUCGUGGGCACACCCCAUACCCCUUGGAAAUUUCUACCCUUUAGCCCCCCACCCCUUAGGAAUUUCCAUUGACCAUCCAUGGGGGGGUGGGGGUAUGGAUAUUAAUUUUUUGGAAUCACACAUUACAAGUCAUGUAAAUGGGAGUUCCAUCACUGGAAGGAGACAUUAAAGUAGUGUCCUCAAUUACAGGCUCUUUGCAUGACUCGAUCACGUGAUCAACUUUCGGUAAAAAUGAAAGCAGCUCAUGUUUGGAAAAUUGUGUUAGCACAAGCGGAAAGACCAUAUUAGAAUUAGGUAACCUGAGAAUUUUCAGCUGUAUAUCUCCAAAGUAGCGAUUGCAAUGGCCGCUGAAAGUUGGAAGCAUUUGCAUGUGAAAAACAACUUUUGCCAACCAGUCACCCUUGCAUGGUUUUCAAUACAAAUCCUUAUAAUUUCAAAAUUUUCAAAACUGUCAUGGAAUAUUUCCACACAGGGCUCAAAUCUCCUUUUAAUUCUUAGCAGGCAAUUUUAGCCCUAUAAAUGCAUAAGGGAAAGAUUUAACGACAGUUUAAAAAUUUUAGAAUUUACAAGGAUUUGUAGGAAAAACCAAGCAAGCGUGACUGGGUGGCAAAAGUUGUUUUUCUCAUAGAAAUGCUUCUAACUUUCGGCGGCCGUUGCAAUCGCUGCGUUUGAGAUAUACGGCUGAAAAUGCUCAGGUUACCUAAUUUUAAUAUGCUCUUUCAGCUUGUGCUAACAAAAUUUUUCAUAAGUGAACUGUUUUCAUGUUUACUGAAAGUUGAUCAUGUGAUCACAGUCAUGCAAAGAGCCUAUUAUUAGUACUUUCGUGCUAAAUACAUUGACAAAAAAAGACAUUUUUUUGCAUGAACUGAGAACAAUAUUCAAUUAGUUUUAAAUGUUGAUUUAUUUCAUAAAUAUUGCAUUGAUAAUUGCAACCUUAUUUUUUCAACAGGAGACUUGCUGUUGUACUUUUUGCCCUUAUGUUCAUUAUACCACAAGUAUAUGUGAUUCAGCUGUAAGUAUCGACUACUUAUUUACGUAAUAUACAGUAACAUAAUAUUUUAGUUUGAAAAAUGGUUGGAAAGAGCUUUUAACCAUUAGAAGUGAUUCUCUUCUUUGAGAUGGUGUCAAACUUGACUUGACGAACACAUGUAAAACCAACGGAAAACACAAGAAGGUCAUAAAGAGCAAGCCAGCUUAAUAGGUUCUACUUGCCACUUGCGAAACAAGAAGAAAAAUUGAUCAAGUUUACUUUUGCAAUGACUUCUGGGAGUGUUACAAGAGACAGGAAAAAAACUUUGGCCAAAAUUAAUACUUUGUAGCUGACUAGCACGUCGUCAGUAGCGACCCCAGAAACAGUAAAUAUUAUUGUGGCACGCAUUUCAGCUCCAGUUUCCUUCUUGUUCUAAAGUGGCAAAUUUUGAGUGAUCAUAACCUUUUUUUAGCGAUGUUGAACUUUAUAAAUAAAUGCCAAUACAUGUAGUACACAUCCAUGAGUGCUCAACAUUUGAGACACAAAUAAUCAAAAUUGCAUGUAAAAUGUAAGAAAUAUCAACCUGCAAAUAACAGCUGGUCUUACUCAAAUAUACCUAAUGUCAGAUGAUAAUUAUCAUUCCUGUAGCUUUGUAUUCAUGUCAAAAUAGUAAGACAACCAUUUGCAAUCUGAAGGUUUGUAAUAGUAAUGAAGGUACAGUCAUUAACCCUGUUAACCCUUGAAGUCCCAAUACUGACCAAUAUCAGUUUUCUCCUAACAACAUCCAUUGUCAAGAGGGAGGGUUAUGAGAAUUAAUAAAAUGAUCACCAAAGAGAAAAUGCCUGGAUCUUUUAUUAAAUUCUCUCAACUAAUUCUUAAAGGAAAUUUUUCUAGAUCAGUUUGGAGAAUUUGUUUGUGGAUAUUGGGACUUGAAGGGUUAAUGUGGACAUUGAAUGGGUCAUAGAAAGUGUCCAAUUAUAAAAUUUGUUAUUAACCGUAGGUUGCUUCUCAAUUUCCUUUGUCUUCGAGUCCUAGUUCAUGAAUAAUCAGGGCUAGGAGACAAAGGAAAUUGAGAAUCACCCUUGGUUAAAAAAUUUUUACCUGAAUUUAAUUUUGGCCUGUAAAAGAUCUUUCUAUAGGUAACCUUCUAUUAAACCUUAAUUCCUUUUCAUGGUAUGAUGAGACUGCCUUAGCCUGCAUCACAGACAUACAUGUAACCUAACCCUGGUCAGUAACGUCUGCAAAGCAGUGCUGAUAUCCUUAUAAUUAUUGGGCCCACAACUGACUCAAUUAACUACUGAACAUUUGUUUCAAUUUUUUCUUCAACCUGAUUGGCAAAUCAACUAUGACAUGCAAAUCAUGACACCCCUGGUACACUUUUGAAGGUCCAGCACAAGGGUAUUGAUGCUUUUUUGCAGGCAGAAUUAACCCUUUAAGCCCCAAUAUCCACGUACAAAUUCUCCAAACUGGUCUCUAUACAUUUCCAUAAAGAAUUAGUUGAGAGAAUUUUAUAAAAGAUCAAAGCAUUUUCCCUUAGGUGAUCAUUUUAAUAAUUCUCAUAACCCUUUCUCCCGAUUGUGUACUGAUAUCGUAAGGGCUUAAAGGGUUCUCCAGAAGUUUAGUUUUGUCUGUGAUGUGGGCUGCGAACUCCCAGUGACUUAGCAGGUACAAAAACUCUACAACUUUUGAGGGGUGUAUUUUCAAACCCAUGAUUUUACCUGUCAAAUGCCCAUAUCUGCCCAUGAGGAUCCCCAUCCCUUGUACUACUUGUGAUGUCAUUGGUUUGAAUGGUCAUAGACUAUUUUGACACCUACAACUCGAGCAGGAAAAAGAGUUCUUUCAUGAGCAUGAAUCAGGCAAACAGGCCAGAGAAAAAAUGUAAAAUGAACAUCUAAGAUUGACCAGGAAAUUGACUACUUACCCAUACAUGUACCGUGCACUUUCUAUUGAAAAAUUAUUAAUUCACAGCCCUUACAAUUUUUGUUGAAACUUUUUCCCCUGAGUGGGUGCCUUAAGUAAUAAUUUAUUGCUCAGCCCAACCCCCUCCCCCCCCCCAAAAAAAAGAGGAAAGAAUUGCAAAAGAAUUGGGAAGGAGAACUAAGUGAAAUGUAAAAGUAUCAACAUUUUGCCUUCUGGCCGUGCCUGACCUUCAGAAGCUGAUAUUUAACAUCAGGAAGUGCUUGACUUAUAAACAGUGCAGUGCUUUGGGCUGUUUUGGUUCUUUUUGGCCAGAUAAUGACCAGAAAAUGCAUCCACCACCUGGGGCCAAUAAGCUGGGGCCAAUGCAUUUUAAAGCAAAAUUACUACAUUACUUACUUGUGCUUUUUAUUUUAUUUGCUGUAGGCCUCCAAGCUCUCGGACCUGUGAUGAACCUUUGCUCAACAUCUCAGUUGCAGGCAUUGUUUUUACAUUCGCUAUGAUAGGUACAGUGUACUUUCUCCGUCUGGUGUUCUUUUAACCACGUAAUUGUGAAAAACAAUGUGCAGGUCCAGAUCAUAUCCAUAACUUCCACUUAAGACCCCACACACCUUUUGAAAUUCCAAUAAUUACAGCUAAACUUCAUCCAUUCCUUGGUGAGGGGGGAACCCAGGGCUGGAACUUGCACCAAAGGCGCAAGUUCUUGAAGGCUGCAGCAUCAAGGGUCAUUUUGAAAUUUAGAGUCUCAGAAAUGGUGUUUCCAGGGGUUUUCAAGAGGUAUUUUCCAUUGCGGAUGCCAUCAGUGAGGUCAAGGAUAAAUUGAAGGUCUUCAUGGAAAAUCGUCCUUGUGAUAUGCAAAAUUUUGACCUGUGACUAUUAAUUUGCAGUAAGGUUCAACAUAUGUGCAAGAACACAUCUUCUUUCCUGGCAGUUUCUUUUGUAGUGCUAAUGCCCAACGUGACACUGAGUUUCUUUCACCAAACAAUGAAUUUUUUUCACCUAAUAAUAUGUAUCCGGUUAUAUUUGAUCUGUGGCUACUACAUGCAGUAGCUUAGGGCUUGACAGUAGUUUAAAAAUUCCCUUUCCAACUGAAAUUUACAGACAACAAGAAAUUAUUCUAAGUUUACUGCCUACAAAUUGGCAACAAAAUUUCUUGUAGCAUAGCUAUGACUUUUAUUGUGGAUUUGCUUUUGUACUUUGACUUUUUGCUUGUUAAUUAUUUUACAUGUGCUGCAAAAUAUCUCACUAAAAGUGAGGUUAGUUGAUUAUAGCUUGAUCACCACUUCAUUACAUCCCGUCCUUUGUGCUAUAUCCCGGAAGCUACCGUGUGGCAUGAAAUUUUUGCAGGUUCUAAUUUUUCCGAUUCUUCCAGUGAUCCGCAGAAAUAAGUUCCCGCAAAUAAAAAUUACCACUAACAUUUUUCUCACAAAAAUUUAGUCCAGUCUGAGAGUAAAUAUUCUCUAACUUAAAUUCGCUACACAAAAAUACAGUACUAAGAAAUCAUGUCUGUUCAAUCACAACUUGUCUCUUUCAUUCAGAAACAAUGAAAUAAUGGUUUAUUGCUUGAAAAUAUGUAUUUCUAUCACAUGUACUCAAUAAAAGCGAAAAUAUUAUCAAUGCUAUAUGAUGGGUACUUUCUAAAAAUCGUAAAAAUUAAUUCUCAGCAAGAAAAAUCAAUCUGUCCUAAUUGCGAAAAUUAGUUCCUGCAAAACACAGAAAAUCGCCAAUCCACAAAAAUAAAUUCCCGCAAAAAUUUUGUGCCGCGUGGUAGUUGCAGCACCCCCUCCUCUUCCGUCCCCUCUGGUUUCAAUGUUGUAGAGUGCAUGCAGCUUUCUGAAGUGAAGUGUAACCCAACGAAACACCUUGUUUAAUCACAACAUGCACAUGACAUGCCAUUCUACAAAAUACACUAUCCAUUGUUAUUUUCAUUUGACCUUACUAAACAAAGAACAACAUUGUCUGGGGAAGAGGGGUAGGGGCUGCUUUUCCCUUGGGGAGGGGGGAGGGGGAAGGGGGCACUCAUAGCCUGUGUUUUUGCAUACAUUAUACAUGUACAUAAAUAUACUGUAACAUGAACUUGUGCAGCAACAUGUGGAAUGAAUGCAGAUCCAUUGUUAUUUUAUUCUCAGCUUUUACUUUUUUAUUCGCAAUCAUGGAACCUGUGCCAUGGCAGCUUAAGAUUGCAUUUCAUUUCUUUGGCUUUGGAUCCCUCAUUCUUGGCAUGGUACUGUUUGCAUCAACAUUUGCCUCUGAAUUAUGUGUGAGUGUUUUCUUCUUGUUGUUUUUUUAUGGGAACCUCAGUAACUUUAAAAAGUACAGUUUGACUCCCGAUGACUCAAACCUUCUAGGGAGACCAAAAAACGUUUGAGUGAUCAGGAGGUCGAGUGCAAGGCAAAUAACUGGAAAUAUAGGGAAAGAAGCAAAUGGAUGGGGAGGGAAUGCAAGUAUCAUGCACUCUCUACUUCAAAGGCAGCAUUGGAUGACAUAAAAAUUGUUAUUUUGAAAAAGGAAUUAAGCAACAAAUCUUGAUUAAUAUAUAGGGAUGGAAACUGAAUUUGAAGUGGAGUGACAUAAAAGUAAAGACAAAGAAUUGACAUGGCUGUUUUGAAAUAAAAGAGAUUAAGCAUCGUGUUUACGGCAAUCGGCAAACAUAAGACUCAAGUUGUAAAAUUUUCAGAAUGAGAAAUGAGCAGAUAAAAACAGCUUCAAAUAAUUUAUUGUUAUGGAAAGAAUUAGUGUGAAUCUGUGGACUUUCGUGUAGUUAUAAUGAACUGUAAACGAUAAGUAAUAAUUAUCGAAAACUUUGUCACGUGGUACAAAUUCACGUUUGCAUUAAACACGAUGCUUAAUCUCUCUAAAUUCAAUGUUUCAGACUUCAGUACAAUGUUUUUCUUUUUCAACUUGUUAUGCACUUAAAACAUGGUUCGGGUUAUCAAGGGUAAAAUUAUGUAGAAAUGACCUGAAAGGAAACAAAAAUUACUUCGAGUUUGCGGGAGGUUCUAGUUAUCAUGGGUAAAAUUAUAGUAAAUGUGUAAAGGAAAUCCAAGAGAAAUCAACUUGAGUUCGAGUUAGUACGAGGUUUGAGUUAUCAGGAGUCAAUUGUAUGCCAAGUGCAUUUGUUAAGUUAUAUAAGCAUGCAGGAAGUGGGAACAUCCUUACAAUCCCAGGUGUUCUCAAUAGUUGCCAAUAAACCGGAGUUUAUUAAAUUUGGUUCUCCCUGCAAAGUUUACAUAACAAAAUCCCCAGAAAAACCCUGAAGGAUCUUGAUAGUAGAAGGAAAGUGGCCUAAUGCAAUUUAAUAGUAAUACCAAAGCAAAUCCUACAAAUUUAGGCCCCAACUCCCCAAGAAAGGAAAAAAACUGGAUCACAAUCCAUUCAAAAACACCCAGGCUCCAUUCUCCAACCCAAACACACAGGGUGAAAAGAAAAUCAUUUUUACACCUUGUCAUUCGGGCAAACUGAAUCUAGCAUUUAGUAGCCCACAAGUUAUUUCAACUAGCCCCACGGCAAAAGCUUUUUCAUGAGCAGAAUUGAUUUCACAGUUCUUCUGUUACUCAGAUUCCUCCAAAAACAUCACUUGCCCGUUGGGCGAGUGAAAAACAGAAUUCACUAGCCAGAUAGCAAAAUCCACUAGCUCCGGGCUAUCGGACACUACUUUCUUUAUACGCUGAACACAGCACCUCAGAUAGUGCAAACUUUCAGUCACAUGGCCUAUUGCUUACAUAUCCUGACAUUGCAGCGAGGUACACUGUUAAAGUCACUAUGAAUAAUUCUCCUUUGUUCUUUCACUUGUUUAGCAAGGAUAUGCUCCUGAGUUGUUCUAUUUAUGUCUCUCAUUUGGGAUAUUUGCUCUUCUUACAACAGGUAGGUUUGACACAUGUGUUAAGCUUCUGUCUUAUUAGGCAAAUGGUCUAAAAAAAACUGAUACACGGAGAUGUUGUACAUUGUACCAGCGUAUGAUUAAAUUUUAGGGAUGAGUUUAACUUGUUUCAGUGCCCGAAUUUGUUAAAGAUUGUAUAGUUGCUGUUUUGUGAGACGUAUAGGAGACACCAAGGCCACUGGUUGAGUUAAUCAGCUUACAUUGUGUAAAUUGUGGUCUGUAAUUGUAACAGUGGCGUACUAGGUGGUAUUAGGGAACAAUUUACUUUUUUGAAAUCUUGGCUGAGAGAUAAAAGAAGCGUGGUGGAGUUACAAAAAAAAAAUACUAGUUUCAAAGCUCUUGAUCUCACCCCUCUCCAUAUGAAGUUUAAUGGCCGCCUCAGACCCCCUCAGCCAUAUUGAAACCAGUUUGUUUGAAGAAGAAACGUAAAAUGCGUUAUUGACCAAAGUUUAGAGAUCAAGAUGGCUGAAUAUUGGCCAAGGUUUUUACUCUCCGUUUUUAUGGACCAAAGUUGAGGUCUUAUAAAAAAUGCAGAAAAAGAGCAAGGCCAACAUCCUGUCAUUUUGAUGUCAUGCUUGGUUAAUUAAGCAUAUUUAUUAUAUGGCUAAAUCCCAAGCGCGCAAGAUAAAGUGAAUCUUGUGUUUUGAUUGGAUACCAAGCAAGCAAGGAAGGCUUGUCUUAUUUGCGUAUCUCCUCGGAAUUUCUCGCCUUAUUUGCGCAAGAAAAGAUCUUUCUGUGUCCUUUUUGGCCGUAUAAUAUAGUCUUUAUAGAGAGGAGAAGUCGUUACGUCAUGUUGCCAUAGUAGUAAAUUUCUUUAAUGACAGCAAACCAAAAAUUCCCUUAAAAAGUAAAUUCGCACUGUUUCAAACUUCAUCGAUCUUAUUCACAUUCAUUUAAUUUGCCAAAUGUUAGCGAAAUUUUCUGGGUUAAUUCCGAAAGGACCGUAUCUAAGUUUAGGAAAAGAAAAAGAAACUUUUUGUGUUGUGCUCACCUACUCCAUAAAAUAAAAUGAAAUAGGACGUUUCAUGUUGCAGUCUUGCAACAACGGCUAAGAAAUGUACAGAAAAGCGUGAUGCACGUGCAAAGUUGAUUUUUUGCCAAUCUAAACCUAAUCGCUUGCCACGAGAUUUGAGAUUUUACGGGUUUAAAAGGUGAAAGUGAAGCAUAUGAAUAAAUUAAAUAUCGCAUUAAUGCACACAAUUUAGGCUAGCCGGAUCCUAGUAUCCUAGUCUACGUUGGAGGCGUUCGAAGGGGAAUAGAAAGGUAGAAGUUCGGGUGCACGUGGAAGUAGGAAGGGAUUCCCCUUCUCUAACCCCCCACCCCCCACUUUUCUCUCGCGCACCCGCAUUCAGGUAUGCGGUUUUACAGUAAGUGUGUUAAGCUCUUCAUCGCUAGUCUCCUUCGCAGCCGUUAUUAGGGUCGUCACGCAAAGCUCUUCCCUGCUGGUGGGAGGAGCGUUGUGUGACAGCCCUAAUAACAGCUGCGAAGGAGACUACUUCAUGGUUGGCUAUUAUAAAGUGUACUCAAUACAAAAUUCUGUUGUUUUACAGGAUUUCUGGUCAUCAUGCUCCCGUUUUGGUUGAUGAACUAUCUGUGGCCAGAUUCUGUUCUCAACCGACGUGAACGGCGAGGAAUUUGCUAUGAGCCUGUAAAGUGCUGCACUUGCCUUUGGCAUAUUUAG